CUCUGCUUCCCAUCGCCAUUGCUGCCCUCCUCUCCGUCUUCCUCCUCCCUCCUCUGUCGCCUGUUCUUCUUCUUCUCACGAUUUUUUUCCCCUGUAAAUUUCCCGGCGGCUUCUCGCAUCUCGUUCAUCGUCGUCGUCUGCUCGCGACUUGACGGACGAGGAGGAGGAAGAAGGGAGCGAUUGGUUUGGACGGUAAGAAAGGGAGGGACGCGCGGGCGGCCGGAGCCGGUGGCCGACGGCCAUUUUUUCAUGCGUGGCUCCCUGGAGGUCCACGCGAUUGGCAGACACGCCGCGUCGCCGUGCGCCCUGAGACUGAAAGCCCUCCCGGCAUUGGACAUGAUGAGGUACCAAAGGCUUAGCCCGGACUGCCUCCCGCUAGCCAACGGCGGCGGCGGAGGAAGCGGUAGCGUGACACGGAAGCCGGCGUCGAGAUCCUGCAAGGACGACGAUGGCGGCAUGGCCGUCGCCGCGGACAGCUCCCGCCUCUCGUCGUACCUCCCGUCGUCACAGCUCGAUUCCAAGCCGCUGCGCGCUCGGGCGCCGCAGCCGUCGUCCUCGUCGGCCGCCGCCUGGAGCCCGGCGCGCGACCACGCGCACGCCCACCACAACCACCACCACCACCACCACCCGUCCGACUCCUCCGACACGGCCUCGCCGAGCUCCAACGGCGCGGGCACCGGUGGCGACGUGCUGCUGCAGUGGGGGCACAACAAGCGGUCCCGCUGCCGGCGCGACGCGUCCUCCUCGGCCAACGCGGCUCCCUCCUCCUCGCAGCGCCGCCAGACCGCCUCCGCCGCCGGCAAGAUCCUGCGCCGCUCGUCGGCGCCGGCGGAGAAGCUCAUGCCGCCGCCGCCCCCAUCCACCACCACCGGGUCGUACACGCGCGGGUCCAACCUGAGGUCCGCUUCGUCCUUCCCGACGCGGUCCGCCGCCGCCGCCGCCGUCGGAGACGCACACCACCACAGGUCCGCCGUGGAGGAGCGAUCAGGCGGCGGGUACAAGCGGUCGCCGGACAAGGCGCACAAGUCCGCCCUGGACGCGGCGCUGCACAUGGAUUCCAAGAACAACCACCAUCACCACCACCACGACUCGUCGGUGACCGCAAACGGCGGCGCCGGCGCCGGCGAGAAGAUCGGCUCCGAGCGGUUUGAGCUGCCCCGGAUCUACAUCUCGCUGUCGCGCAAGGAGAAGGAGGACGACUUCUUGAUCAUGAAGGGCACCAAGCUGCCUCAGAGGCCCAAGAAGAGGGCCAAGAACGUGGACAAGACCCUCCAAUAUGUAUUCCCUGGGAUGUGGCUUUCAGACUUGACGAGAGGACGGUAUGAGGUGCGAGAGAAGAAAUGUGUGAAGAAGAGGCGUAGAGGGCUGAAAGGGAUGGAGAGCAUGGACAGUGACUCGGAGUGACGGCAGCUGGAGGUCAAGCGAGGCACCCAAAGCGAAAGGAGCAAUAAGAUUGGAGUGGAUGGAGAUUGGGCCAUUGCAAUCAAAGUGGAUGGGGGGAGAAGAAGUAAGGGCAAGCCAAAGGGAAGGCGAAGGCGAAGAGUGUUUUUUGUGUAAAUGGAGAGGAAAAAGAAGAGGAGGAUGUGCCGAGGGCAGGAGGUGCACGCGUAACGCGUUUGCCUCACACACCCUCCUCGAGGCGCCCGGCCCAGCGGAAGUGGUGGCUUGAGACGACGACGACGACUAUGCCCCGGGGUGAAUUUUUUUCGUUUCUUUCGGGUUUUGUCAGAGCCGGCCACCUGCUCGCACGUCGUCGCAGCGGCGCACAACUUGGUGCCGCGUUUUUCUCCCCGCGAGAGGCCAUUUUGUGGUGUAAUUUUUUGGGUGGGCUCCGUUGGCCCGGCCGGCCUCGCCUUCCUGUGAGCUUUUGCGGUUUGGUUUGGUUGGAAUGGUUACCCGGUGACUCUUGUGCAUAGUUCUUUACUAUUAGUACUAGUACCAUUUUUUUUCUUCUUCUUUCUCCCAUUCAUUCACGUUGGGCAAGUCUUCGGAACACCAAAAGUAUUCUGAAAAGGUUAAAAAAAAAAGAAAGAAUCAUUGUGCAGUCGCAAUGAGGCAGGAGAUUCUGAAUGGAUUCAGUAUGGGCCAGGGCCAGGGCUGAUGGAGGCUGCUUCGAUGGGCCUGGCGCGUCGCGGUCACCUGCAAAGUGCGGUAGUCCCUUGUGACGAGCUGACAAACGUUCGGCAUGCCGGACGGACGGGGGCUGAGAUAUCUAACGAGGAUCUUCUACGUCAUAUAUGAUGGAAGAAUCUGUUACAGAAGUUUGGCAUGGCUCGUCUAUCAGCCGUGCGAUUACACCGAAUAUUGGACACGUGUCGGCAUCUCGCGUGAUCAACUUGACCACUAUUUCCUUUGGCUUCUUCCUUCGUCCAUCAGUUGUGUGUACAGUACUGUUGUGGAAGAGGCGAUGAUUAAACUCUCCAAUCAUGUAUUCAUGUGCUGAUGCGUAUAUGUAUGUGCACGUCACAUGUGGGCGAGUAUGGGAGGGCCGUGAGGGCGAGGAAAGCGUGGUUGAAAAACGCCAGCGACCACGAUUUUCCAUACGCAACGCCGGCCAUUGCUGGUGAAGUAGCUCUUUUUUCCCCUUUUCUUUGGAAAACCCUGUACUACUCUUUACCCAGUUUGCAAUAUUUUAGGGUGGAGGAGUACUCCGUAUUUAGUUUAGGGGCGGAGAAUUUGAGGCUUUGUUGUUCGGACAUGGUACGAGUGGCGAACUGGCGGCGAUGGCAGCCAUAAACAGGAACACAAUUGUCUGUCUGUCUGUAUGUUUACUACAGACUGUUUACGGUCUCAUGUCCAGCUGUUUGAAUUUUGUACCUGAAUGUUUUUUUCUUUGGACAAAAAGAU